CUUGUUUUCUAAAAAUUUCAUUGAGUAUUCAUUGCUUUUCCGUUCAGCAAACCUAAAUUGUAAAUUUGUAUCCUCAACAACUGCCUUUCUGUUCGUGAAAUCAAAAACCAGCAAUAUAAAUUUCAUAAUUGUAAAGUUUCUUGCAUAACAAAAAUCCGCCAAUAUGUCCGAUUUCGAGAAUCAAUCCCAAUUUGAAAAUCUGUCUGCCAACGACAAGGAGCUGCAGGAAUUCCUCAUGAUCGAGAAGCAGAAGGCCCAAGUCAAUGCUCAGAUACAUGAGUUCAAUGAGGUUUGCUGGGAAAAGUGCGUUGGAAAGCCGACCAUCAAAUUGGAUCAUGCCACCGAGACUUGCCUCAGCAACUGUGUGGAUCGCUUCAUUGACACUUCACUGCUGAUUACCCAGCGUUUUGCUCAAAUGCUCCAAAAGCGAAGCGAUUCGGGAAAUAUGUAGAAAAUCUGGGAGACCUAAGAAAGCCUGGAGAGACAGGAUAAUAGGGAACUAGGAGAGCUUCCUCUAUUACUAUCACCGAUGUCCUGGACAGCUUUCUCCGCAUACAAGUUAAUGGGUGCGGAAAACCAUAUCCUGCACCACAUUUCCACAAGAGAAACAAACAAAAUGAAAUGCAUUACAUAUACUACUUAUCACAAAUGAAUUAAAUUUCUUCCUGUGUGUGGUUCUAAGGAGCACACCCUCAUCCGCUUA